AAAAAUAUAAACAAAAAAUGUAUACGAAAUGCUCCACUGUGCUCUGGCAAUAUAUACAUACGUAUUACAAACAAUAGACACGGCGAUAUUAUUAGCAGCAAAAGUUUGCCAGAAACAAACAAUAGUAAUGCUGGCAGCCACUUUAGCUUAACGAGUGCGUUCACGUCAACGCAGCGCGCAAGCCAAUGCUUUAACGUCAGAAGCGCAUGCGCAACUGACGUGUGCACAUGCGCACAAAAGACAAACCGAAAAGCAGGGCAACAACAACCAUUACAAUACAAGACAGCAACACGGUAGACAACGGCAACGACAGCGACAAAACACAAAAUAUUUUUACAGCACAAUUCAGUUGGUGAUGUGCAACAAGCGGCAACAGAAGGUGUUCGAGACGCGCGCUACAGUUUCAAACGACAAUCCGAGUGUGAGGACAUUAACAAUGUAAAAUAAAUUCAAGUCAAAAACGUAUUAUAGUCUAAUAAGAUUUACUUUUAAAUGUAUGUAUAUAAAUGCGUUUCAAAGAAUAUUGAAGCUGUGAUGUGUCUGUGUUUUGAAAUUUCGGCGUGAAAAUCGUUUGGAUUUUGAGUUUAAAAAAAAAAAAGGAUUGCGAGAUUGAAACACGCACAUAUUUGUAUAUAUAAAUGUUAUACGUAUAUAUGUACUACUACAUACACUCGCGAAAUAUAACGUGAAAUAUUGAAAGCGAGUGGUGGCAAAGAAGUUGUGAUAAAUUACAGUAGAAAUUAUAAUAAUAACGCACAUUUUUGUUGUUUUAGCAAAAGUUUAUUGCAAAACGAAAGUGAAACUACUAAUAUUUGCAGCAAUUUGAAGGGUGUCUUGAUCUGUUUUAGUUGUUAAAAAAAGUAACAACAACAAGAAUAACUAAAUGUGAUGCUGUAAUGGGUUUAAAUAAAUAAUUAUUUAACUAAUACCAGCAAUAACUAAAUAAUAAAUUACUCCGCAGAAAAUAUAAAAAAUAACAACACUAUUGUGGCGAGUUAAUCCACCAAGUUAAUCACUGGUCAAAUAGAUAAAUUUACAAGACACUCAAACGAUCAACCAGCAAGUGCAUACAAUCAUAAAUUACUACAACAGCAAUACAAGCGUAGUUAAAUUUAGCUGCGAAUCACUUUCAUUUUCGUUGCCAGCAAAACGUUUCGUAUGCGUCACAUGAAGGCCAUGAAGCGCUCUUUCGUCGGUUCGGUAGUUGCCAAGUGCCAGGCAUUCAUGGCCAAUUAACAAGCCAACUGACAAGCCGAGCAAACAGCCAGUGCCAGCAAUUGCAACAUUUAUGUGUUGCUUACUAUUUGGCCGGUUUCGAAACUGACGUAGUUUGGAAGUACCAAGCAACAAUCGCCAGCAGCCAGUUGCAGGAUUACCGAAACGCAAAAGUGCAAAAAUCUCACAACACUUCCGGCACUAUAAAUUUUUAUCAAUCUCGUUAGCGGCUAUUUAGAGGCAUAAAGUAAAAAGCUCAGCAAAAACAAAAAAGUAACAAAAAAAAAACAUUAUUAGCUAUUUUCGAAAAACAGACGACAGUAAAUUGGACAAAACGGCGCCGAAACGCUGAUCAUAUUCGACAAAAUGCGUUUCGCCACAACCUAUCUGCUACUAUGUGGUGCGCUUUCUGCUACCUUUCUCGCCCAACAAUUAUGCCAUGCGGCCAAGGCCGAUUCAGAUGAUGACUAUGAGCCGCGUCACUUGACCAACGAUCAAUCGUCUUUUUUUCAGUCGCAAUCGGACUCACCAUUCUCACAAGACUACGCGAAGGAUGAUGGUACAGUUAGACGGAAGGGACGUGUGGAUACUAACAGAGUGAAGCAAUCGAAUCGCUUACAAAUUAACUCCGAAUCAAGGUAUUCUGAUUCUGAUUCUUCUGAUUCGGAGUCGGAGAGUCGAGAUGCUGGUUCGGAGUAUGAUGAGGAUGAGGAUGGAGAGGAGUAUUAUGAGGAUAGUGAUGAAGAAAGCAGCACAGAUAGCAGUAGUGGUGAAACCCUGCCUCGUUUGUUGUCGCAAUCGGCUUUUAAUCGCAUUUCUGAAACUUUGGGCGCACUCAAUACAAUGGGUCAUUUGCUGGUUGACAUUACACGAGGUGGCCAUGAACCAAAACAAGAAAUACAUGAAGAGUCAGUAGUGAAUGACGCCAGUGCUGGUGUAAUUGGCUCUUCUACUCUAAACACAUUUAGUACUGCGAGUACUGCAACUGUUAUUACGACCACAGCAACUCCAUCUAGGAAAUUCAGUGAUAUCAAACCGACUGCGAAAAUUAUCGCACCGCAACCACAUGAGAGCAAUCUAAUAACAGAACAGAAAGUUACGGAAUUGUUGACUGCAGACAAACGUGUCGGAGAAACAGGUACACCAGCCAAACCGAUGUUUGUGGAGACUAAAGAAAUCAAGAAAAAGAAAAAGAAGAAGAAGAACCGCAAUAAGGUAAAGAAGCCGGCAGCCGAUUCAGCGCUUAGUGGCACCAACGGUCAACUACAGCAGCUAAACAAAGUGUCAACAACGCUAAGACCGACCUCGACGACAAUGCCAACGGUUACCCAAUCAAUAGACCGCGCAGAUCAGGGGGCCGCAACAACGGAAGAUAUUUCUGCUAAAGAUGCAGAGAACUUUUGUAAAACACCUGGUGGACGACCCGGGCGUUGUGAAGAUUUAAGCAGCUGCCCUGCUUUAUUAUUGAACUUGAGUAGUCUACGCGAGUCGCUCUGCUUUAAGAGCCUAUUCGUACCGGGUGUGUGUUGUCCUUUAACGGAGUCUUCAGUUGUGCUUACGACGCAACGACCACUCAAACUGACAACAAAAGCGCCUCUUACGGCACUCGCAACGAAACGACCAACAACACAAAGACCAGCUUCCUCGCCAAGUUUGGUUUUAAUACCGCAGCUGAAACCAUCUACUACAACAACAACUACAACGCAAAGUCCACUAGGUAAUGAACUGGAACUUAUCGGCAAUAACAAUAUUGUGGACCCUGAAGAGUGUGGACAGCAGGAAUAUUCAUCUGGCCGUAUUGUGGGUGGUGUUGAAGCGCCAAAUGGCCAAUGGCCAUGGAUGGCAGCUAUCUUUUUGCAUGGACCCAAACGUACCGAGUUCUGGUGUGGUGGUUCGCUCAUUGGUACUAAAUACAUUUUAACCGCUGCUCAUUGUACGCGAGACUCGCGUCAGAAACCUUUCGCCGCGCGACAAUUCACUGUCCGACUAGGCGAUAUUGACUUGUCUACCGAUGCUGAGCCCUCGGCGCCAGUCACAUUUACUGUGAAGGAAGUACGUGCGCAUGAACGUUUCUCACGCAUCGGCUUCUAUAACGACAUCGCUAUUUUGGUGCUGGACAAGCCAGUGCGUAAAUCCAAAUACGUUAUACCGGUUUGUUUACCGCGCGCCGGACGUGCGCCACCCAAAGAGCGUCUGCCGGGUCGUCGUGCGACGGUAGUUGGUUGGGGCACCACAUACUAUGGCGGCAAGGAAUCGACCACGCAACGCCAAGCUGAAUUGCCUAUUUGGCGUAACGAAGACUGUGAUCGUUCGUACUUCCAACCAAUAAAUGAGAAUUUCGUCUGCGCCGGCUACUCGGAUGGUGGCGUAGAUGCAUGUCAGGGCGACUCUGGUGGUCCACUUAUGAUGCGUUUUGAGUCGCGUUGGGUGCAACUCGGCGUUGUGUCGUUCGGCAAUAAAUGCGGCGAACCUGGAUAUCCUGGCGUUUAUACAAGGGUGUCGCAAUACUUGGAUUGGAUUCGUGAUCACACGCGUGACUAGGCGCUAGAAACAAUGUAUUGUUAUCGAACAUGUUUUUUAGUUGUAAAUGUUUUUUAAACUAAUUUAAAUAAGGUUACGAAUCACUAGUCUACAUAAUUUUUUAUGUGCAUCGCGUAUUUACAUAGUUUCGAUAUUUAUUAACCUUCCGAAAAAAACUUCAUAUUAGUUUGUAUAAAAUGCAU